AUGUCCUCUUUCUCUUCUUCUCUAUCUUCUUUCUCUCUCUCUCUCUCUCUCUCUCUCUGGCUCUGUCAUAUAUAUAUAUCUCUCUCUCUCUGUAUCUGUUCUCUCUCUCUCUCUCUUCUCUUUCAAAGAAUAAUCUGGCUAUCACUCUUUCUCUUUCUCUCUCUGUCUCUCACUUCCUCUCUCUCUCUCUGGCUCUGUCCUCUCUCUGGCUCUCUCUCUCUCUCCAUUUCUCUCUCUCUCUCUCUCUCUCUGGCUAUGUCCUCUUUCUCUCUCUCUCUCUUUCUCUCUCUGGCUCUCUCUCUCUCUCUCUGGCGCUCUCUCUCUCUCUCUCUCUGGCUCUCUCUCACUGUCACUCUCUCUCUGGCUCUGUCCUUCUCUCUCUCUCUCUCUGUCACCUCUCUCUCUCUCUCUCUGGCUAUUGGUUACAAAUCUAUCUAUCUAUCUAUCUAUCUAUCUAUCUAUCUAUCUAUCUAUUUCAGUCUGUUUAUAUCUAUCUAUCUAUUUCAAUCUGUUUAUAUCUAUCUAUCUAUCUAUCUAUCUAUCUAUCUAUCUAUCUAUCUAUCUAUCUAUCUAUCUAUCUAUCUAUCAUUUCAUAUAUAUAUAUAUAUUUGUUUUACUCAUUAUCACGGUACGGAAUUAUAUUCUCUCUCUCUCUCUCUCUCUCUCUCUCUCUCUCUCUAUCUAUCUAUCUAUCUAUCUCUGUCUCAAUUUUCUGUCCUAAUGUGUCUUGUCUAUCUAUCUAUCUAUCUAUCCAUUUAUCUUCAAUCUCCCAACCAUUUUCAAAUGUAA